CAUCCAAGCGCUGCAGCUGCCUUCUUUCUCUUGCUUGGCAUAUCGUGGUGUUCUGCCCUGCCGAUAUCCAUAUCAGACGAAGACGACAGCGAUGAAUUCACGAGGGAAAAAUUCGAGUUAGCAGAGCGCUAUCUAAAGAGGCAUUACAAUCUCCAGUCCAACCCGGCUGGGAUACAGAGGAAGGCAGGUGAUACAGUCACAUCCAAACUUCGAGAAAUGCAGGCGUUUUUUGGAUUGGAAGUAACGGGCAAGCUCAACGAAGAGACGUACGAACUAAUGCAACAGCCGCGGUGCGGUGUUCCUGAUAUUGGGCAAUACAACUUUUUCCCUCGAAAGCUGAAGUGGCCUCACACUAAUAUAACAUACAGGAUUCUAAAUUACACCCCUGAUCUGAAAAAGUCUGAAGUCGACAGAGCAUUCAAGAAAGCGUUCAAGGUCUGGUCUGAUGUGACGCCACUCAACUUUACUAGAAUUCACAGUGGUACUGCUGAUAUCAUGAUUUCUUUUGGAAGGAGAGAGCAUGGCGAUUUCUAUCCCUUUGAUGGACCUUCUGGGCUAUUGGCUCACGCUUUCCCUCCAGGGCCAAAUUUUGGAGGAGAUGCUCAUUUCGAUGAGGACGAGCUGUGGUCAACAGAUUCCAAAGGAUAUAAUUUGUUUCUUGUGGCUGCCCACGAGUUUGGUCAUUCACUGGGACUUGAGCAUUCCAGAGACCCAGGAGCUUUGAUGUUUCCAAUUUACACAUACACGGGAAAUAAAGGCUUAUUGCUUCCAGAUGAUGACGUACAAGGGAUCCAGAUUCUAUAUGGUGCAGGAGACCACGACCCCCAUCCCGAUCACCCCAAAACGCCUGAGAAAUGUGAUGCAAACUUGACGCUAGAUGCUAUCACGGAGCUUCGAGGAGAAAUGGUGAUCUUCAAGGACAGGUUCUUCUGGCGCCUACAUCCUCAGAUGGUUGAGGCGGAUUUGGUACAAAUUAAGUCGUUUUGGCCAGAAAUCCCAAGCAAGAUUGACGCGGCUUAUGAGCAUCCUACCAACGAUCAUGUGCUGCUUUUCAGGGGGAGGAAAGUCUGGGCGUUGAAUGCCUACGACAUAGUAGAAGGCUACCCUAAAAAGAUCUAUGAACUGGGCUUUCCAAGAUCUGUGAAGGGAGUCGAUGCCGCUGUCCACAUCAAAGACAGUGGCAAGACUCUCUUUUUCGCUGGAGAAAAAUACUGGAGUUAUGAUGAACAGAACCAAGUUAUGGAGAAAGGCUACCCUAGAUAUAUUGAGGAGGAUUUCCCUGGGAUUGGUCACCGAGUGGAUGCAGCUUAUGAGAAGAAUGGUUACAUUUAUUUUUUCAAUGGACCUCUGCAGUUCGAAUUCAACAUCUGGAGUGAAAGAAUUAUUCGGGUCUUGAACACCAACUCCAUUUUCUGGUGCUGAUUGCUCUGAAUCAGGUUCUGAACUGUGGG